AUGGCCGCCAACACCACCUCGAACGCUGUUGACCAGCUCGCCAGCGAUCUCAACAACACAUCCCUCAAUGGCAGCGGCGAUGUCAAGGCUCCUGCCGUCGACACUGCCGUCAGCGCUGGUGCUGAGGAUGCCUCUGCUCCUACCCCCACCACCGCUCCUCACCCCCAGAACUCGGCCUCUCUCUACGUUGGAGAGCUUGACCCCUCCGUCACCGAGGCCAUGCUCUUUGAGCUCUUCUCUCAGAUUGGAGCUGUUGCUUCCAUCCGUGUCUGCCGUGACGCUGUCACCCGCCGCUCUCUUGGCUACGCCUAUGUGAACUACAACUCCACCCCCGAUGGCGAGAAGGCUCUGGAGGAGCUCAACUACACCCUCAUCAAGGGCCGCCCUUGCCGUAUCAUGUGGUCCCAGCGUGACCCCGCUCUGCGCAAGACUGGCCAGGGCAAUGUGUUCAUCAAGAACUUGGACGUUGCCAUUGAUAACAAGGCUCUCCACGACACCUUUGCUGCCUUCGGCAACAUUCUCAGCUGCAAGGUCGCCCAGGAUGAGAACGGAAACUCCAAGGGUUACGGUUUCGUCCACUACGAGACCGAUGAGGCUGCUGCUCAGGCCAUCAAGCAUGUCAACGGCAUGCUACUCAACGAGAAGAAGGUCUACGUCGGCUACCACAUCCCCAAGAAGGACCGCCAGAGCAAGUUCGAGGAGAUGAAGGCCAACUUCACCAACGUUUACGUGAAGAACAUUGGACCUGAUGUCACCGACGACGAGUUCCGUGAGCUGUUUGAGAAGUUUGGCGAUGUUACCUCAUCUUCUCUGGCCCGCGACCAGGAGGGCAAGCCUCGCGGUUUCGGUUUUGUCAACUUCACCACCCACGAGGCUGCCUACAAGGCUGUUGAGGACCUCAACGGCAAGGACUUCCGCGGCCAGGAGCUCUAUGUUGGCCGUGCCCAGAAGAAGCAUGAGCGUGAAGAGGAGCUGCGAAAGUCUUAUGAGGCCGCGCGCCUUGAGAAGGCCAAUAAGUACCAGGGUGUCAACCUGUACAUCAAGAACCUUGAUGACGACGUUGACGAUGAGAAGCUCCGACAGAUGUUCGCCGAGUUUGGCCCCAUCACCUCUGCCAAGGUCAUGAGGGACACCCCUCAGGAGGGCGACGAGGAGGUCAAGGACCAGGAGAAGGACAAGGAGAACCAGAAGGAGCCCGAGAACGAGGCCGAGUCUGCUGAGAGCGCCGAGAAGAAGGCCGAAAAGAAGGGCGACAAGAAGCUUGGUAAGAGCAAGGGCUUCGGCUUCGUCUGCUUCAGCAACCCCGAUGAUGCCACCAAGGCUGUUGCCGAGAUGAACCAGAGGAUGAUCAACAACAAGCCUCUGUACGUUGCCCUCGCCCAGCGCAAGGACGUCCGCAAGAGCCAGCUUGAGGCUAGUAUCCAGGCUCGCAACCAACUGCGGAUGCAGCAGGCCGCAGCGGCAGCUGGUAUGCCGCAGCAGUACAUGCAGCCCCCCGUUUUCUAUGCUCCUGGCCAGCAGCCAGGCUUCAUCCCCCAGGGUGGCCGUGGCAUGCCUUUCCCCCAGCCUGGAAUGCCUCUUCCCAACGUUCAGGGAGGUCGCCCUGGCCAGUUCCCCGGAUACCCCCAGCAGGGUGGCCGCAACGUUCCCCAGGGAAUCCCCCCCAACAUGUACGGCAUCCCCGGCCAGUUCCCUCCUCAGUUUGGACAGCCCGGAACUCCUCAGUUCAUGGCUGCCAUGCAGCAGGCUCAGCAGCAGGCCGCCGCUCUUGCUGGAGGCCGUGGUGGCGCUCCUCAGGGUGGUCGUGGUAACAUCGCCGGCAUGCCUCCUAAUGUCCAGGGUGGAAUGCCUGGCUACCCCCCCAACAACCGCCAGAACAUGGGCCGCAACAACAACGGCGGUAACAACAACGCUGGUCGCAACGGCAACUUCCCUAACCAGCCUGCUCGCGACAACAACACUUCCUCUCUGCUCCAGUCUCAGCUCGCUGCGGCCCAGCCUGCCCAGCAGAAGCAGAUUCUUGGAGAGUUGAUCUUCCCCAAGAUUCAGGCCAUCAACUCUGAACUUGCUGGCAAGAUCACUGGUAUGCUCUUGGAGAUGGACAACUCCGAGCUUGUCAACCUCAUUGAGGAUGAAGCUGCCUUGAAGGCCAAGGUUGACGAGGCGCUGGCCGUCUACGACGAAUACGUCAAGUCCCAGGCUACUGGUACCGAGAAGAAGGAGGAGGAGACCAAGGCUUAG